AAGUUCUUUAACACAAAUCUUUACUUCAUAGCUCCAAAGGCAAGCUGAUACAAAAUCCAGACAGAUAGUAUACUCAGAUUUCAAUCGAGUAUGGCAUCAUCAUCUUCUCCAUCGUAUGCUCGCAUGACAUAUGAUGUUUUCUUGAGUUUUAGGGGUGAGACGCGAGGAUCCUUUUCUGAUCAUCUCUAUGCAGAUUUGAAGCGAGCUGGGGUUAACAUCUUCCGGGAUGAUGAAUCAAUCCGGAGAGGCGAGGAUAUUUCUGUUGAGCUAUCUAGAGCCAUAGAAGAGUCAAUGAUAUCCAUCAUCGUAUUCUCCAAAGACUAUGCCGGAUCCAGAUGGUGUCUGAAUGAGCUUGUGAAGAUCAUGGAGUGUAAACAAAAGUUGAAUCAGAUUGUUUAUCCCAUAUUUUACCAUGUUGAUCCUUCAGAGGUUCGUAAACAUACAAGCACCUUUGGUGAUGCAUUAACUCUACACAAACACCGAUUUGGGGAUCAAAAAGUCAAUGAGUGGAAAGAUGCACUCACUAUAGCUGCUAACUUGUCUGGAUGGGAUUUGCAAACCAUGCCAAAUGGGUAUGAGUCAAAAUUCAUUGAGAUUAUUACUGAAGAAGUGCUACGAGUGUUGAAUUUUAUGCCCAUGAAUGUUGCAAAGCAUCCCGUUGGAAUUGAUUCUCUUGUUGGAGAUGUACUUCAUUUAUUACAAAUGCAAACAAAUGAUGGUGUUCGGAUGAUGGGAAUUUUUGGUAUGGGUGGUGUCGGAAAAUCAACCCUUGCUAAAGCCAUAUACAAUCACUUGAUCAUGAGUUUUCAAGGGUUUGAAGGUAGUUGCUUUGUUGCAAAUAUUAGACAAGAAGUUUCUAAUAAGGGACGACACAGUGGUCUAGUUGGUUUACAAGAGAAACUUCUUCACAAAACACUCAAACGAAAGAACUUUGAAAUUGAUAAUGUUGAUGAAGGAAUAAGUUUGAUCAAAGCAAGGCUGCAAUCCAAAAGGGUUCUUAUUGUGCUUGAUGACAUAGACCACAUAAGUCAAUUAGACUCAUUAGCAGGUCAGCGAAAUUGGUUUGGUUCAGGUAGUACAAUUAUAAUAACAACUAGAGAUGUUCACUUGUUGAGUGAGCUUGGAACACAAGAGAAGUACAAGGUUAAAACAUUAAGCAUUGAUGAUUCUUUGCAACUCUUAAGUUGCCAUGUUUUUGGUGUUCCUACAACAUUAGAGGAGUAUACUGAAAUAUCCAAAACGAUAGCAAGUUAUACUGGGGGACUUCCAUUAGCACUUACGAUUAUAGGUUCUCAUUUGCGUGGACGAUUGGUGCAAGAGUGAAUCGAAGAUGUUGAGAAAUUAAGAAGGAAUCCUCAUGACGAUAUUCAAACAAUUCUUGAAUUAAGUUAUGAUGCACUUGAUGGUGAUACUAAAAACAUCUUUCUUGAUAUUGUUUGUUUUUUUGUUGGGCAUG